AUGUUGCCGUGCAAUUUAGGGGUGCCGGCGACGGUCCUACUGACCACCAUGAUCACCACACUCAGCAUAGAAGACAGCGACGCUUACAGGCGAAACUUUGAGGUUCGCCAAAGCAGCAACUCCAAGAUUCCGCUCUGGAAAAAACGUGCGUGCGAGAAGCCCCAAAACAACAAGGCCAAUUCCCACUAUGUGUGCGACGAGGAGGGCGACUUCACGUGUCUGCCCGGAUGGCAGGGCGACCUCUGCCAGGUGCCCAUGUGCCGGCGAGGCUGUGAUCCGAUGAACGGCUACUGCCAGCGGCCAGGCGAGUGCCGGUGCCGCAUCGGCUACAGUGGCGAGAUGUGCGACAAGUGCAUUCCGCUACCGGGGUGCCAGCACGGUGACUGCACCAAGCCCUUUGAGUGCAUCUGCAAGCCCGGCUGGUCUGGACUCUUCUGCACAGAACCCAGCUGUCGAAGUGGAUGUCACAGUACCCGCGGCUACUGCGAGGCCCCCGGAGAGUGCCGCUGCCGCAUUGGCUACGCGGGUCGCACUUGCGGCGAGUGCGCCACCAUGCCGGGCUGCCAGCACGGGACCUGCAACAAGCCGCUAGAAUGCCUCUGUCUGCCCGGAUACACGGGACUGCUCUGCCAGACGCCUCUAUGCGCCUCGGAUUGCAGCAAGCAGCACGGCUACUGCCGCAGGCCUGGCGAGUGUCGCUGCAAGGUGGGCUGGACGGGCAGCCAGUGCGACAAGUGCUUCCCCUAUCCCGGUUGCGCGAACGGAGACUGCGAGGCGCCCUGGGAGUGCAACUGCCAUCCUGGCUGGGGCGGUAUGCUGUGCGAUGAAAAGCUGAGCUACUGCGUGGAGAAUCCGGAGACGUGCGAGAACGAGGGCAAGUGCGUCUCGGUGAGCCGCGAGGACGGCAGCUAUCGGUGUCUAUGUCGGCAGGGGUAUCUUGGGAAGAACUGCGAGAUACGCGACGACUUUUUGCUUACAUCGGUGGCGCCACUGCGCAUUACCCCGCCGCCCCUUCCGCUGGAGCUGGACGAUGUGGUCGCAGGUGUGCCUGAUGACAGCGACAACGGCAACGGCAACGGCAACACAAUGGGUGGGCAGGUGGAAAAGUUUCCAGCAAGUAACGUGCCAAAACGCCGGACAAAUGACACCGCAGCUCUAAAGACAACGUUGGCGCCAGCUGCACCGGCAACAUCAGCGGGCGUGACCACCACCCAGGCCCAUACCGGGGCCGAGUAUGAGGCAGAGGCAGACGAGGAUGACGACGAUGAUGAGGAGGAGGACGGCGAGUACGAGGAGGAUGAUGAGGACGAGGAGGACGAGGACGAGGAAGACGAUGAGGAUGACAACGAUCAACUCCUACCAAAUAUUAUAUAA